CUUCAGAACUCUGGGCAGCAGAGAGAGCCGGGUGGCGGGGAAAGAGAGCCCACGAGCCUCUGGCCCAGUGGGAGCCCGGGGACAGAGAUGGAGUCACCCGGUCUGGUGGACAACAACAGCUCAUGGCCGCUCAACUUCACAUUCCCUCCCAACUUCGGCAGGCGGCCCACUGACAUGGCCCUGAGCGUCAUUCUGGUGGUCAUGCUCUUUGUCACCAUGAUCUGUUUGGGCUGCACCAUGGAGUUCGCCCAAAUCAAGAUGCACUUAUUCAAGCCCAAAGGGGUGGCCAUAGCCUUGCUGGCCCAGUAUGGCGUGAUGCCCCUGACGGCCUUCACCCUGGGCAGGGUCUUCCAGCUGAACACCAUCGAGUCCCUCGCCAUCCUGAUCUGCGGCUGCUCCCCUGGGGGGAGUCUGUCCAACGUCUUCAGCCUGGCCAUGAAGGGAGACAUGAACCUGAGCAUAGUGAUGACCACGUGCUCCACCUUCUCCGCCCUGGCCCUGAUGCCACUCCUCCUGUACCUCUACUCCUUGGGCCUCUACGAAAGGGAUGUCCAGAAUAAGGUGCCCUACGGAGGGAUCAUCCUCUCGCUCGUCUUGGUCCUCAUCCCCUGCACGAUCGGCAUCGUCCUCAAGAGCAAACGUCCCCAGUACGUGUCCUGUGUCACUAAGGUGGGAGCCGUCAUCACCGUGGUGUUGGUGAUAGCUGUGGUCGUGCUGUCCUCCAUCAACGUCGGCCACUCCAUCUUGUAUGUCAUGACGGCACCGCUGUUGGCCAUUUCCUUCUUGAUGCCGCUCACUGGUUUCCUGUUGGGUUAUCUCCUCGCCACUCUCUUCCAGCUCAAUGAACGGUGUAGGCGCACAGUCAGCAUGGAGACGGGCUGCCAGAAUGUCCAGCUCUGCUCCACCAUCCUCAACGUGACCUUUCCCCUGGAAGUGAUUGGACCCCUCUUCUUCUUUCCUCUCCUCUAUGUAAUAUUCCAGGUUGGGGAAGGUCUUCUUUUGAUUGUACUCUUCAGGUGUUAUGAGAAAAUCAGGACUCCCUGUGCUGAACCCAAAAUGAUCUACAGAGCGGUGAGCGAAAAUGCUUCGGAAGCCAAAACGGGGCCUAAGAGCAAUGGCUCCCACGAAGGGGAAGCGCGCUCUAUGAACUCGUUCCACUCACCGGUUGCCCCCAUGCUGGCUUUGGAGCACAGCUCCCAGGUGGCCAGCAGCCAGGCCUGAAGACUCCAAGGAGCAGCCCCCGGUCCAAGCCCGUGGGGAUAAACCCGGCGCAACGCCCCGGAGACGGCACUAAUGCUGACGGGAGACCUCCGGUCUCACCCUCAAAGGAAGCGGGGGUUUGUUUCAGCUGCCAGCAUCUCACCCAGUCCCAUCCCACCAAUCCUUACAUAGAGCAAAGAUACAAAGGGGCCGAGUGCUUCUGGUUGACUUCGGGACAAAAACCAAUCACCACAGUUGACUAGUGUUAAUCAAUGUUAUCCCCAAACAAGAGAGCACCCUGUCACUAGGACUGAUGUGGCAAGAGCAUGGGUUUGGGAGUCGGAGCAUAGGUUCUAAUCCCAGCUCUGCCACUUGUCAAUGUGACCUCGGGCAAGUCACUUCAUUUCUCUGGUCCUCAGUUCCCUCAUCUGUAAAAUACAGAUAAUACAGAUGUGCCCCCCACA